AUGCCACGUAAGCUACGUAAGAAUAUACGUAAGAGGAAGAGAGCAUUGAAACAUCCAAUAGUAAAACUGACACCACAACAACAGUUGCAACAACAAAUGCUGAAUGACCCCACUAUGUUGCAACAAAUGUCAAGCAAUCCUAUGCUUUUAAACCGAGUUUUUGGUGCACAGAGUGGAGGUUUAAGAGCGGCACUUUUAGCGAAAAUGGCAGGCUAUGGUGGAGCUGCAGACGGAACAGCCUAUAACCCUCAAAGUCAAAUGAAUUUGAGUUCACUCAAAAAUCAAAUAACAGAUGUCAAAAAGUCAAACAUAGACAUACAGAAGCAAAUAAGUGAAAACGAAAAGAAACUAGAAUAUGACAGACACACAAAGAAACUCAAUGAGUUAAACGUAGAGAAAAAGAAGAAAGAAGAACAACUGAAAGAACUAAGUACAGAGGAAUAUGCGAAAAAAGUGUCAGAAAAAGCAGCAGAAGUAGCAAAAAUGGAACAAGAUGUCAUAAAUUUGAAAAACCAUACUACUCAAUAUAAAGUACUGAAAGAUGAAGAGAUAAAACAAAAAGCCCUGAAGACAUAUAUGGAAAGCGAUGAGUAUAAAAAAGAAGUUGAAGCAAAUGUAAAGGCAGAAAAACUUUUACAGUUGCAAAACCAAACCGUACAGUAUGAAAACUUAGCACAAGAAAGUAAAAAUAACGACGCAGCCAUGCAAAAGGCAAUGAAAAGCGCAGAAUAUAUAAAAGCUAAUAAUGACUGGUUAGAUGCCCAAGCCAACGCUAAAGCAGCCCAGCUUAUAGGGUCAAUAAGGACAAAAAUACAAGCGGAUGAAGACAGUUCAAAUGAAGCUUUAACAAAUGCUGACUUUAAGAACGCCUUCGAAGCUCUUCAUAGUAAGGUGAAACUAGUGAACGACUUCUCAUCUGGAAAGAAACUGAAGUCUGAAGGUUUCGACAAAGAGUUAAGAGAAGUAGCACAAAAUAUGACGAAAAUAACAGAUGCAGCAACGAGACAGGCAGUUCAAAGUGCCUAUGACGCCGUUAGAGCAACUGUUGUGGAAAGUCAAGAAAAAG